AUGGCACAAAAUGCUACUACUAUCGCCACGAUACUCGCUGGAGGAUCAGUCAGUAUGGUAUUCUUUGCUGCCACGAAUUGCAGCGUACAACCGUUAUCUGCAGCAUCACCGAGCAAAGAGGAAGUUGCAGAGCAUGAAUGUUACCAGGCUAGCAAGUUUUACAUUGGUUUCGACAUCAGUCCAACAAAAAGUAGCACCGAGUAUUUGUCCGCUUCAAGUUGGUACGAGGACAGCAGCUUCACAUCAGGAUCAUCUUCAAAUACAUCGGUAGAUCCUCAAUCCGUGACUAGUAUCAGACAGGGAUUUCGCGGCGCAACGUUCAUCAGCGCUCUCACUCUAGCUGCAGUCUUAGUACUUGGUGUCGUUUGCCUUAACGUGUGGAAAUGCUUAUCGACAAAGCGGAAGUCGCAAUUUCCACGUACUAUUGAUCUCAACGACAGCAUUGCCAUGCUGGAACCUGAUGACAUGGGUUUCAGGUUUAAACCAGUAUCUGGUCGUACGUUUAUCCCUCAAAGCAGCAGCACGGGUGCAACAUUACGAGAGCAGAUUACUACGUGUUCCUUCGCUCCUGCUCUCUCUAGCUUCGGUUCCGGCUAUCAGCGUUCGGGUCACACACUUGUGUCGGGAUCAAGUACAAGCUCGACAUAUCAAGGAAUAAGAAUGAAUCGUCCAUGGGAAGAUGAUUUUGUCGUGGCAGCACGCAUUCCUCGUGAUAAAGUUGUUGUGGUUCGACUUCUUAGCCGUGGAGCCUUCGGUGUUGUUUACUCGGGACUGUACAAUCGUCGACGUGUUGCAGUGAAAAUGCUUUUGCCUGAAACACGUCGUAGUAUUUCACAUGUUAUCGACUUGUUGGCAGAAGUCAAGAUUAUGGCAUCAAUGGAACACCCGCAUAUCGUCGAAUUUGUUGGUGUAGCAUGGGACUCACUAACAAACAUGUGCGUCGUUUCGGAAUUCAUGGCUGGAGGUGAUUUGAAAGCUCUGCUGAGUGACUACGAUGAACAUGAUCAUCCCAUGGGUUUUAACAGAAACAAGCUCAAGAUUGCGCUACAUAUCGCGCAUGCAUUGACGUACAUGCACUCGCUUGAUCCUCCGAUGAUCCAUCGUGAUCUCAAAUCCAAGAACGUCUUAUUAAGCGAGAGGUUGGAUGCUAAGCUCACAGAUUUUGGAACUUCCAGAGAGCGUGUAAACGAAUCGAUGACGGGAGGUGUUGGCACAUGUUUGUGGAUGGCUCCAGAAGUGAUGAUCGGUGAUCGAUAUGAUGAUAAGGCAGACAUGUUUUCCUUUGGAGUCGUACUAUCCGAGUUGGAUACACACGUAUCGCCGUACUGGCAUGCAAAAGACCCGAAUGACUCAUGCCGACCAAUGCCGGAACCAGCUAUUUUACAAAUGGUUGCUACUGGAAAGCUUCAAGUGAUGUUUUCAAAUGAAGCAGUCAAGACCGUCGUGGAGCUGGGUAAGGCAUGUGUCUCAGUGGAUCCGAAAGAAAGACCGACCGCAUCGGAAGCACUGUAUAAACUUCACACGGUAUUAGCAGACGACGUGAAAGGGCUACAUUUGCGAGUAAAUGAAUAA